AUGCUGCGGCGAGAGGGUAGCAAAGUCUCUCCCGAUCAAUACGAUGAGUCCACUGAGCCAGCUGAGGCUCGCCAGCGACGGACGGGGCUCUUGGUGCCCAUCUUGGCAGCUUGUCGAGAAGUGUGGGUGUCUGAGCCGGACGAGCUGGAGCUCAUGGUUGAGAAACUGGGUGACGGCAGCAGAGACGUCGCUUGGCGGGGCCCCUUUGGUGAUUCAGGAAUCCUUGAGUUCUUCCUCCGGAUCUUGGCAGGCAAUGGCCUGAAGCAAGGGCUCAAAAUUCACAUCUUGCGGCUGGUCGGGAACUCUUGUGCAGAUACAGACGAGAACCGUGCGAGGGUGAUCCAAGGAAAUCAUCUCGAUACCGUCAUCAAUCUUCUGCAAGAUGAGAGCCUAAUUCCCUUCACCAUUCCCGUGCUGUUCAACAUUCUGGUUGAUUACGAACCUGCACAGCUGGCUGCUUCACAGGCGAAUCUCAACCAGCGACUCAUCGACCUCCUGUCCUCUCCAACUCUUUCCAACUUCAUCGUCUUCGUCCCCUAUUUCUGCAAGAUUCUCGCCCUGCUGGUCAGCCAAGAAGGCGAAGCAGCUCGUGCCAGUCCCAGAACUGUCGAGGUCCUUCUCAACCUGGCCAUGAGCCCGCCGUCUCGAGAUGACCUUGACGACUUCACAUCGCUUGUUUCCGUGGCGGGUGCUUAUCUUGCCAAUGACAGGUUCCAGGCCGCCUUGAUCCAGGGACCACUGAUGCAACUUUUCCUCUCUACCUUUUAUCACGCCCAUACGCACUUUGACCUUUCGGAUAUUGAUGAUGCCGAUCCGGCAGCGUCCCUGAAGAAGCUUCACUCCUCCCUCCUCAUCAAUCUGGCGGAUAUUACCGGCAACGACCUGUUCGCCGCAAGUUAUCCAUUGCAGAGCCCCAUCGCGCAAAACCUGCUCGCGUGGCUUCAGAGCUCGAACCUGCAGCUCCAGACUGCAGCUUGUCUCGCCUUGGGCAACAUCUCCCGCUCCGACGAAACCACGACCUCACUCGUCCAAACCUACUCGGCGCAUGUCCCCUUGGUGAGGCUCCUCUCGAAUCCCGAUAUCACAGAUGCGCAGCUCCUCCAUUCAGCCUUGUCCUUCUUGAAGAACCUGGCCAUCCCGGUACAAAACAAGCCGCUUCUCGGCGACCUGCUGGAUGUCGGCUGUGUGCCGCGAUUCUUCACCCUGGAUACCUCGCCGCAGGUGCAAUUUGCCGCCGUGUCUCUGACUCGGCUGCUCCUCAUCAACUGCCCUCCCAACGUCGCUCGCAUCUGCGCCCCUCUCAGCGCCGACCCGGCCAGCCCUGCGCACGAACGCUCCAGCGUAAGCGGCAUCAUCUCCCUCUACGAGCGCUCCGAUGCCGAGCCCACAAGACUCGAGGCCGCCCGGGCUGUGGCUGCAGUGUGCCGCAUGCUUCACUCCAGCCCAGUCGCCCCCUUGCUGCCGGACUGGGACGGUCCGGUCGAGCAAGACGACGACGACGCACCUCUGGACGAAGAAGGUCGGCGGCGGGCAUACUUUUACAGCAAGCACGACGUAGCGAGGGUCCUCUCGUUCCUGAUUAGCCAGCAGAAGUGGCCGAGUCUCCGCUCGGAAGCGUGGUUCGUCUUCGCCCUCAUGUGUCGCUCCAAGGAAGGCGGCCGCGUCAUCGUCGAACUGCUCCAGAUCCACGGCACCAUGACGGCCCUCAUCAAAGCCAUCACAGGCAGGGACACGCCCCUCAUGGUGGCCUCCGAUGGGCAGAUUGCUUCCAUGGCGGAGGGCCUGGGCUUGCAGCCUCAGCAGGCGGACCCGAGGCAGAAGGAGAGCAUGGUGCGGGUGGACCGGGAGAAUGCGCUGGUGAUGCUCACGGAGCUGCUGAGGUCGGUGAGUGCAUUGAAGCGCAAGCGCUAG